AUGUGGAUGUGGGAGAUAAUCUCACUGUCAUGCGCUCUAGCUAUUCUUCUGGCCGUGAUCAUUAUCUUGGCCAUUUACGACGGGAAACCGAGCCCGGAUAUCGGUGGUGCUACGCUCAACACAAUUAUUGCUAUAGCUGCAACUCUGUUCAGGAUACUUCUAAUGGUGCCUGUCAUGGAUUGUAUUUGCCAGCUCACUUGGGUCUGGCUGAAGACAGGCUACAGACCAUUGCAAGAUGUCUUGGGUCUGGACAUGGCGACCAGAGGACCGCUUGGGAGCCUGCUGUUGGUGCUAAACUUUGGAUACGGUCUCAGGGCCUCUGCUGCUGCCUCUAUUAUUAUCAUGGGGGUUGCCACAGCUCCGUUCUUUCCACAAAGUGUCAGUCUCCAGGGUUGCAGCAUACCCCAAGGCAUCUCGGAGACAGACAAUCGAACAGCAUUUGCAUCAGCAGCGUUCACUUACAUGGGAAGCAUUGGUGCUGCUGGCAGCGACACGGCUCGAUUAGGUACUGUAUUGGAAAUAAAGCUCUCAUGUGAUUAUUUGCCCCCGAACCUUGUCGCUGCAAUGGACAGCGGCAUGUAUUCGUCCAACGUGAUUAGCCCUCCCGAUCCGCCAUAUUCAUGCCCUACCGGUAACUGCACCUGGGACCCGUUCCUGACUCUUGCCAUGUCUGUAAAAUGUUUUGACAGCUCGGCUAGCUACUUUCUCAAUUGUUCUGAGACUGAUAACACCUCAUGA